AUGUCGUACGCCUCCCGAAAGGACUUUGCUCGUCCCAAUCGCCGCGCGCCGUAUCUUCAGUUGAGGUUGGAUCGCUACUUCACGUCACCGUCGAAGCCGUGCCAUAUAAACGAUCUUCCGCUCGAACUGCUCGGCGAGAUUCUGGUCUACGUUGCCUACGAUACUGUGCACGAGGAUAUACUUCACUGCGACCCAAUAACACUUCCCGAUACGCAUUGGAAGGCACGGACAGACGAUGGCAAUAACGACAAAGUCUGGCCGCCCGCUGAGUAUCCGGUCUUUGGUGACUCUCUCUGCAUAGCGGAGUUACGUUUCCACAAUGGGUGCCGUGAGUUCUGCUCGACACUACCUUGGAACUGGCUCGAAGUAACGCGUGUAUGCAAGCGUUGGCGCGAUGCAGCACACUCUUCGCCGGCAUUCUGGUCGCGCAUCCCGUUACAAAACCCAAUGAUCGCCUGGCGAUCUAUAGGGCUUUCCGGCACCCUCCCAUUAAGCCUCAUAGCUCACUUCGCCACCAAAUGGCAAGUGCGUCGAACUCUGGACCAGGCACUCCGCCUGCUCCAUCGCACCAACGAGGUCUCUUUAACAGGCCAAGUCAUAAACUCGGUUGAGUGGGACUAUAUUGCCUCAUGGCUAUGCUCUCCCGCACCAGAGCUUCAACGCCUGCAUCUGGAGUCUUAUGCCAUCGGCGGAUACCGCCAGAUAGACGGCCAUCGCCUCUUCGCCUGCCGAGCGCCUCCAAACCUGCGUGAGGUGCAACUGCGUGGCUUCCUCAUGCCUCAAGUCUGCGGAACACUGCUUCCUGCUACCCUCACGUCGCUCGUCCUGGAGCAAUGCUCGCUGGGCCCUUGGAGCGUCUUUCCCUCGAGCAAUCCAGCGGAGAGGGGAUCUAGCCUCUCUUUCUUCGAUGCGCUGGCUCGGAUGCCUUUGCUUGAAGUGCUCUCUGUGACGGGCACGCGAUUACCAGAAGACCUCGAAGAGCUGGACGUGUUCGUUGAACCAGAGCGGGUCAAUCUAUCCCAUCUUCGCCAGCUCACGUUUCAGGGGAGUCUGCGCGCUAUAUAUCGCGUGCUUGUCAGCGUCGAUCUACCAAUUACCACUAGCAUCGUUCUCUGGUUCCAGUACGACUCGAGGACCGGGAUUCAAGACGAUUCGGAGGCCGUUGACGUAUCGAAGCUUCUUGCCGUCUUCGAGAAGCACCUGUCCUCCGCGACGCGUGAAGGGUCAUACUACGAGCAGACAAAGCUGAGGUUCAGCUUGGAACCAGGUGAAUACGCAGAACGCGAGGUCUCGUGCACCUUCAUAAACCCUCGACAAUGUGGAGAGCAUGCUCUUCCUGAGCGCAUGCAGUUCGUACACUUCAUCAACGGGGAUAGCGGGGAUACGUUGUACUUCACGGACGAGAUCCACGCCCUGGCAAACUCGAUAUGCGAUAUCGUACCGCACAACGGUCCCGAUGUCGCGCUUGAGGUCUCUCAAGCUUACGGAUUCGAAGAGGCGGAUCUGAGGCCGGACGACUGGUUGAGGUGUGCGGCGUCGAUGACCGGUCUCACACACUUGCACCUCGACGGAGAAGCCGGGAUCGAGUUCUUCGCUUGGUUGAUAGUCCACGAGGGGCGACUGCAGCACACCGAAGAUACACCCCAACCUACACUCUACCCGCUGCUCGCCUCGCUCAAGCUUUCGGGCGAGUGCCACAUCACAGACGAUGGCUACGAGAACUCCCUCUUGUCCCACGUUCUUUGGAUGCUCGAACACCAUAAGUUCGCGGUAUCGGUGAAGGGCUGUUUGGGGGACUUUGGCGCGCGGAAGAAGUUGUGCGAGGUGAUUGGUGAGAAACUGGAGUGGGAUUGGAAGGAGAAUGAGUUGGCGUAUUGGGAGGAGAUGAUGGUCUGUCCGAAUCAGCUUGAGCGGAUGUUUGAGUCUAUGGUGUAG